AUGGGGUGUGGAUCUAGCAAGUCCAAAACGAAGGCCGAUGGCUUCGUCAACGGCAGGCCUAGUGACUCGUUUUCCUACGAUGAAAUACGCAAGUGCACAGAGCGAGACAAUGGUCUUCUCUUUCGCCUGGUGAGCGGAGAUAGAAAACAGUGGGCCUUCUACAAUGACUCCAAGACAUACGAAUUUCACAUCACUGUGUAUUUUUCAAGCCACAGCCGCGUGGAGCCGCUCGGAGACACGACUGUUGUGAGGGACCCAACGGACGGAAGGCUUGUGGCCAAGACGAUUGUGUACCCCUGCCUCACGGAGCCCUUUGUGCAGGGCGAUAUUGAUGGCUUUGAUGCGGAAUACCAGGCGGUGGUGCUGACUGAAGAGUACAAGCGGAAGAGGGCGGAGAUGAAGAGCAAAAAGCACGCCGCGCAAGCCAAUGACGACCUCGAGUAG